AUGGCUAGUGAGGAUAGUUUUCUAGUGCUAGUACACCACAGAGGAUCGAUUAAGAGAAAAACUCGGUCUGGGGUGAAGUUCACGGAUAAGGAUCCUCUAUGUAUUAUUGUGAGCCCCGCGACCAGUUACGAUGGUCUCGUGAGCUCUGUGCUUGGCAAACUUGGUCUGGAAGGAGUGAAGAGAGUUAAGAAGUUUUUCUAUCGCAUUCCAAUCACGGUGCUCCACGAUACGGUGAAGUAUGAUUGUUUCACGAUCGGGAGUGAUGAGGACUUGCAGGUCAUGUUUCUUUCUCGUAGGCAGUUUCCGGAGGUGAGGACACCGGAGCUGUUGGCUAAGUUCGUCGACGUGGUAUCUAGCUCUGGUGGGUCGAACCGGAAUGCCAACACUAUAGCCACGGCGGCGGGUUCGAGCUCGAGACCUGCGGUUGCUUCUUCCUCCGUUCCAGUGUAUGAGGCAGCGGUCCAGCCUGCCGCCUCCCCAUCUUUUGCUGUUGAUCUCGCCGGCAAUGUUGGAGACGAGGUUGGAUAUGAUGAACAUCAUCCUACUGAAGUACAGUGUCCUCCUCCGGCUGGUGUUGGCGAGGGAUUGUGUGAUGAUCCAGAUGAUGAUGAAGUCGAGCCGGAUAUUAUCGCUGAUGAAAGCGGCGAUGAUGUUUGA